UUGAUGAGGUUAGAUCGAGUCGGGUGAAAUGAAUUCCUUUAUUAAUUUUAUUUAUUUUUUUUUUUUUUUAGGCAUGGUUUCCUUUAUUACCUUCCCCACUCCCUAAAGGCCCAAGUAGGUUCGUGGUUCUCUACACUUCAAUUUAAAAUUUUUUAAUUUUAUCUAUUUGGUGGGCAUUAAUUUUUUUUUUUUGACGAGUAAUUAUUUAAGACAACCAACCAUACAUGAAAAUGAAAAGAAAACGAACGGUCCACAAUCAUAGAUUUCCCACUUUUUUUUUUCCUGUUGGAAGAAUGAUGAAGAAACGAACAUCCCAAAUCAGCCAAUAUGAACACACAUAACGUCGAAAAAACUUACCAAAAAUAGAAAGAAAUUAAGAGGAGAGAGAAAAUGAAGAACAAAGGAGGUGAAACCUCGCAAUCCCGCAACUCGCCCUCUGACUCACCUUCUGCGCCACCGACUCGCACCACGAGCUCAAAUUCCGACGCACCUUUGAGGCGCAGAAACGCGCCAUUUUUGAUCGUUUGCAGAUGUUUCAGCCUUAUUACCGCCAUAUCUGCUAUUCUCUGUAUUGCCGUCAAUAUUCUCUCUGCUGUUCGAUCCUUCAAGCAUGGAGCUGAUGUUUUUGAUGGGAUUUUUCGAUGUUAUGCGGUUGUGCUAGCGAUUUUGGUGGUUUUGGCUGAGACUGAGUGGAGUCUCAUCUUCAAAUUCUGGAAGGUGUUGGAGUAUUGGCCUGGCAGAAGCAUGUUACAAAUCUUUGUUGCUGUUAUGACUAGGGCAUUCUCUGACUUUAUUGGCAAGCAACGUGAUAUAGUUCUACUUCAGAGUAUAGCAAGCUAUCUGCUUCUUUCAUGCGGUGCUGUUUAUCUUGUAUCGGGAAUCCUUUGCAUAGGUAUUCUGAAGCGCUCCCUAGAACAGAAAGAAAUUUCAAGGGAUCAAGCAGUUAAGGAUCUACAGGAGCUGGAGAAGAAGCGGCAGGAGCUUGAAGCUUUGUUAAUUGAAGAAGAACACAUUUGAUAGAGAAUUCAUAUGUUGGUUUGUCACAGUUCCUUAUCUGGAAUUCUGGAUUUUCUCCGGAAUAUCGAGGAAGACAAGCUUGUAACUGACCAUUUUAAUCAAAACAAUUGUACAGGAAGACAAGCCUUGAAGCUUUAGCACUUAGUAGAACCUCUCUCUUCUUUUUUUUUUUUUUUUUUUUUUUUUUUUUUUUGAGGCCUUAUAUAGUCGUAUUUUUUCUUUUUUUUACAUUCUCGAAUUUUGUGGAUAAAGAGUGUAGCUGAUUGAAAGAAUCUGUAACCAAUGUAUGUAGUACUUCUUAAAACUGGAAAAGUACGUUACUUCUCCAUUUUACUCGUAGUAUAUUUGCAUUUUCGCACAAGUGCACAACUGUGAUGAAGUUUGGGCCAAUCUUUUUGAUAA